GCGGAGAAACCGGGGAACUACAAAUACAGAGUGAGCCCGGUUUGUAAUAAGAUUAGUAGCGACUAAGGGAUAAGCGACUGAGGACGAAACAAACCCGGACACACUAUACGUGGCUUUUUUUUAAACAGACUUCAGAUUUAACCAUGAAUAAGGACACAGAGAUCGACAUGAAGGAAGUGGAGCUCAACGAGCUGGACCCUGAGAAGCAGCCCAUGACAGGCGACGGCCCGGCUGCAGGAGGAGAGAAAAAUGGCAGCGUCAAGCUGAAGGUUCCUGAGGAGGACGUUACAUUCACCGGCCUGUCCAAAGACGAGCUCAUGAAGGUUGCUGGCACUCCGGGAUGGGUACGAACCCGUUGGGUGCUUCUUGUCCUGUUUUGGCUAGGCUGGGUAGGCAUGCUGGCUGGAGCCAUAGUGAUUAUAGUCCAGGCACCUCGCUGCAAACCCAUCCCUGAGAUGAACUGGUGGAACGAAGGACCUUUGUACCAAGUCUCUGACCCUGAAGCUUUCUCUGACGGACUAGCAGGUGUUGAGGCAAAGUUGGACGACAUAAACCAGUUGAAGGUGAAAGGCCUGGUUCUCGGCCCUUUUCACACCGUACAGGCUGAUCAGCCGAACACCCUGGAUCUUAAAACGUUCAACCCUGUCAAGGGUAAUGUGAAAGACCUAGUGGCUGUGGUGGAAAAGGCCCACAAGAAGGGCAUUUCUGUGGUGCUUGACUUAACUCCAAACUACAUGGGAACUGAUCCCUGGUUCAGCACUGGUGAUGUUGGUGACCUGAUUGAGAAAGUCAAGGCUGCUGCGGAGUACUGGCUGAGUUUAGGUGUUGAUGGCAUCAAGAUAUCUGGCCUCAGUGUGGCUUCUGGCUCGGAUGAUUGGUCAGUGCUGCAGGCUGCCGUGAGUGGCAACCGCACGGAGCACACCAAGAAGAGGGUGCUGAUGGGUGUGGUUGAAGGUAUCACGGCUGAAAAUGUGUCUCAUCUCGUCAAUUCUUCUGGCGUAGAUCUUGUCCUGUCUGACCUGCUCAGCAGCAAAAAAGGAGGUUUGGAACGCAUCAAGGACUUGAACGUCCUCAACACUCAGCAGAGACAUCUGGGCUGGGGCCUCGGCGCCACAAAACAUGACCAUCUGUCUAAAAAGGCACCUCCGGGCCUGAUCCGCCUCUACCAGCUCCUUUUGUUCACCAUGCCUGGAACCCCGGUGUUUACCUACGGAGACGAGAUCGGUCUUCACGCUGAACAGGGUUCACAAUCUCCUAAAAUGGUUUGGGACAUAGAGAAGGAACCUGCUGAAGGAGCUGCUGGCAAUGAAACUACUGAGACUGAGCGGAAGGAGCACAUUGCUGUAAGGAAGUGGUUCAAAUCCCUCAGCGAGCUGCGAGGCAAAGAGCGCUCUCUCCUCCACGGCGACUACUACCCUCUAUACUCCUCCGCCUCCUCCCUCGCGUUCCUCCGUCUGUGGGACCAGAGCGAGAGAUACAUAACAGCUGUCAACUGGGGAGCAGCACCCGAAACACUCAAAUUCACACUGGCGCCUACAGCAGAGGGCAUAAAGUUGCCGGAGACAGCCAAGGUGCAGCUCUCAACUGACCAAGACAUGGAGGCAGACACCACCCUCAGCCUCGACAAAAUUACCCUAGGACCCGGGCAAGCGGUUCUGCUGCAGUUCCCCUAUAUAGCCUAAAGAUGGCGCCAAACUACCUACAGAUUAGACUUAGUUUAGAAAAACUAAAGUCAAUCCUAAUCCUUAGGAAUAAGAUGGCAAAAGAUACAGGACAUUUCUUUUUACUGUAAUGAAUACGGCUUUCUGUCAGUUUAUUUAGUCAGGACCUAAAUUAAUUCGGUCAAAAAAAAUCUGCCAUACAAACACAGAAUGUUGGCCAGUAUAAACUCAGUAGAAUUUUAUUUGGUUUUGAAAACGUUAACACAUUUUAGUUUACUUUUGCUGUGUUCUUCUUGGUGCUAGGGAAAGAUACACAAGCACUCAUCCAUAGAGCAUUUUGUUCUUUUGUGAUCUUUUUUGUUGACGAUUUUACGUUGUCCAAAUGUGUGAAAGACAUUCCAUUCUCGUUCUUUGGGCAUUCCUUUAGCAGUCUUUAGGGGUUGUUUGUUAUUUGUUUUUUAAAUUAUACCUUUUAAGGACGUUAGUGACAGUUUUACUUUCAUGAAAUUUUCUUUUCUCACUGAAAGGCACUCAUCACACAGGAAAAACAAGUUCACUUUGAACAUGUGUGCUGACUUGGUUUGAAGUAUUUCACGAGUGCUAGUAAACAAAAUGAUUGUGAAUGGCAUCAAGCCUGUCAAAAGAACUGAAGUGGAAAUUAAUAAACAGAAAGUUCUGUACCAA